AUGUCUGAUCGUUCUGCAUUAAAACGAACCGUGGAUUCUACUUUGGCUGAAGACUCCACUGCUGUACUAGAUAUUUCUCCAUGUACAAAGCGACAGCAAUAUGUUUGUUCUCUUCUGCCUCGACUUGAUCAGUCAUUCAUCUCUACUCAACAUUCAAGACAAUUUAUUCAAGAACCUUCAACGUCUGCAAACCCAUCAACUCCAAUUACUGCUAUUCAUCAACAUUAUACACAAUACAGAGAAGAGAUUGAUCGACUAUUUACGGCUUUGUCUGAGCCAUGUUCAAUCCCAGAGUUAGAAUUGGUCGACUUGCACUCGUUUGAAUCAAACCAUCUUUCAAAUCAAAUAUACAAUCUGAUUCAAAAGGAAAAUGUUGUUGUUGCUCUACCACCUAAUAUCAACAAGAUCUACAAAACUAGCGUUAUACUGGUUCCUUCAAGUUGCUCAGUAAUCAAAAAAACUCAGUUUAUAAACACUCACUCCAAGCUACAUACUAAUUACACGGAAGAUAUCAACAUCGUGGAGGAUUUACAGACUGAAUUUUGGACGAAAAAACCGAUUCAAGCAGACAUUGUUGUCAUGACUGCUAGCACCUUGAUGCAUUUGCUAAACAAGAAAUAUGUAUUGAUGAGCGAGUUUAAUCUGGUAGUGUUUGAUGAAUGUCAUUCUAUUUGUAGUGAUCAGUCACACAGAUUAUUUUUGCACACAUAUUGGACAUUCAAUGCCAAAAAUAUAUCAUGGCGAACACUGGGUGUCACUUCUUUAUCCAAUUUCAACAAGGACAAUUUAUGCGACUCGCUAUGUGAGUUGCAAAAUAAGCUGCUUUCAAAAGCAGUGGUCUCUAAUAUGCAAGGAGAUAUUUGCCUUUUUAAACCCCCGCCUACUGAAACAGUGGUUUACUUUGAUGCUAGUCUCUCACAGUCUAUGCCACAUAUUUAUGACGACAUUCACAAAAAAUGUCCAGAGCUUGCUCAAGAUCUUUAUUGCCAGUUGAAUGUGUUGUCAGAAUUAUGCAAUCUGUUUGGUUCAUGGUGUGUUGAAAGGCUACUUGAUAUGACCAUUCUUUGGUAUUUGCGCAAGUUGAAAUGUGCUGCACUUUUUAAAACUUCAAUGCCAGUUCAUGAUUCAAGUCUUACAUCUUGCCAUAACCAAAAAAAUGACAGUUUUUUUGAGUGUAAUCUUGACUGCUCCAAAGCGGUUUUAUAUUUCGAUACCCGAGAUAUCAUUUCACAAGCCGAAUUGCUAGACGAUCCACUUUUUUCUAACCCACUUUGGAAAACCAAGUUAAAUAGCCGAUCAGAUAGAAUUGUCAAGUUUUGUACAGACCAUAUAGUUUCAAGCAAGUUUGGACUAAAGCAUAAUCUCAUUUUGCCUUGCACGUUCAUGAUUGCAUCACAUCCAAAUUUGAUUGUGUUGAAGCCUCUGGUGUUGAACGAACCUUUAGGAAUGGAUACAUCCGACAAUUCUAUAUCAAUUGACGCGUUUCGGAAAGGCAAUUGUAAUUUGCUAAUCACCACAUGGAUUCCCGAGGAAAUAUGUGAUAUCACACCUAUACACGUAGUAAUACAAUAUGAUGCAGAUAUGCAAGUAUCUGACUAUAAGCAAUAUCAGAAAAGGCAGUGUUUUUCUGAAUCACAAUUUAUUGUGCUAAUGGGAAAGAGUGCAAAAGACGAGCCAAACUGCUUUAUGGACAUACAACAAAAGGAGUCUCAAAUGCAUGCGAUGCCCAUUCAAUUAUUAUUAGAUGAUCAUCAGCAGGCCGUAUCAUCAAAGCUGAGAUGCGAUCAAGUGACAGGAAUGUCUCUUGAAUCUACCCUUGAUUCCAUAUCAAGUCCCUUCUCAGAGUCUCCACUUGUCGCACCUUGCUCGCCAACAUACCACCAUCGUGAAACUCUUGAUACUUUUACAAGUGAGAGCCUUUCCCAAGAUAUCACAUACGAAAUACCAAACUCUAAUAGUGUCAUCAGGUUGGCCGACUCGAUUAGAAUACUUCACGAGUAUUGUGCAACACUCACUGUAAAUAAUGUGCAGUACAAGCCCCAGUAUCGAUAUAUGCAGAGUAAAUCACUUUUAUUCUAUGUAGAGAUCGUUAUGCCAGAUUAUAUUCGCCAAGAAUGUCAAAAAACCAUUGGACCUGAAAAUGUUUCAAAAAAAAUAGCAAAGCGUAUGGCUGCUUUAAAGCUUGUAAAGCAAUUGCAUCUCUGUGGUGAGCUGGAUAAAUUUCUUGAAAAGUCUAAUGUGACUGCAUUGGCAAAAACUCGCAAAAAAAUGCAUGAUCAGGUUGAGCCAGCUUCGAUUACACCUUCAUUUGGAUCUUUUGACAUAUUUCCGCUAAAUAUUCCUACUGUUUUUGAUUGCACUUGGACUGUGGAUGCAUGUGCCUGGCUAAGUAUUAUUAUUAUCCGAACAGACAGCAGUAGACCGGUAAAACUUACUAAACAGAAUGACGUGAUUUGUGCAUCUGCUAAAGCUUUUAAAGAAUCUCUUGAAGCCUCUUCAGCAAUUCAACACACCUCGAAUUUACCAACAAUCACCGACAUUCCACUGCAGAUUGGAAUUGUGACGUGUGGAAAAGACAAUGCGCAAACAGAAUUUCUUGACUUGGAUUUUCAUGGAGAGUCUAAACAGAUCCAAAUAUUAACUUUGGAGCAUCAGUUUAAACUUACUUUGAAGAAUAUUGCCAGUUUUAAAAAAUAUCAUUUUCAUGUAUUUUCUGGUAUAUUGCGUAGCUCAUUUGAUGAAGCCUCUGACUGGGGAAUGCUUUGUGUUCCUAUUGAUAUUUCUGUUGUAACGUCUUUGGCUUUUAAUCCGUUAACCACACUGGCAGACAAUGUGAUUGACUGGGAUGAACUCAAGUUUAGCAAGCAUUGCGACAACAUUAAUGUAAUGGAUAUAAUGUGCGAUCCGCUUGAACCUUUUACAGGGCAUUGUGAUAUGGUUCUGUUUGAUCGUCUGCAGUACUCGCGUAAAUAUACAGUGCUGGAUGUCUGCUACGAUAAAAAUCCAUCUACCGUUAUUCCAAAGAUGUUCAAGUUUAAUACGGUAAAGUCGUACUAUAUGAAUCAGCUCAAAUAUCAAGACACAAUCAAGGACGAUCAGCCUUUAAUUCGAGGUUUGAGUAUCCCACCUCCAGUACAAACCAAACAGCUACGUUUGGUGAAUCACGAAGCAUAUUUGCUUCCGCAAUUUCUUGGCGUAUAUCCCAUAAAGCGAACUCAUCUACAUCAGGCUCUUGUGUUGCCACUGAUUACUCAAAAAAUAUGGCAUUAUUUUCUUGCUAGAGAUAUCAAGUACGGAUAUGGGUUGACUUUAGCAAACCAAGCCUUCACAGGGUCUCAAUUCAGUGCAACCCCAAAACUUCUUCAAAUAGCCACCACAUCAAGUGCAUCUAAUAUGGGAUACAGCUACGAACGCCUUGAAACGCUUGGAGAUAGUUUCCUCAAAAUUCAUCAAUCCCUUCAUUUGUUUUGCCGCAAUCCAUUUAAAAAUGAAGGAUGGAUGACACAACAGCGAAUCAAAAUCGAAAAAAAUCAAGUAUUACAUCAGAAAGCCUUGGAUGCAGGGUUGCAACAUUUUAUUUUAACCAAACCACUGACAAAAAGAAAUUGGGUUCCACCAGCAAAAAAUAUAAGAUUAAAUCAGGAGAUAUCCAACAAGACGUUAGCGGGCUCGAUCGAAGCCGUGAUUGGGGCUUGCGUGGAGGAAGGUGGUGUUGAACAGGCUGCACUGGCUGUAAGUCGACUUCUCAGUGACGAGUACGAAACAGAUUGGUCAAAUUAUCAUCAUGAUUUGUACACUAGUAUUCAAGCAUCCCCGUCAUCCACUGAUUACUAUGAAUCUGUAGUGCAUGUCGAUCCGAUUGCUACCAAACAGAUUGAAGAGCAGAUUGGCUACACAUUCCGUGACAAAACUUUGCUGUGGGAAGCUUUGACGCAUUCAGGAACGGGAAAACUGGGUAGCAUGUUUCAACGGCUUGAAUUUUUAGGAGAUGCAGUGCUUUCUUACCUUGCAAUGCAACAUUUGUAUAAAAUUACACCACCGUUGAAUCCAGGUGGAUUAUCAAAACUUCGCGCUGAGCUUGUUUGCAAUCAAUUUCUGGCAUGUGUGUCGAUUCAAAUUGGGUUGGUAAAGUAUAUACGCCAUACAGAUAUGACUAUGGAAGCAGCAAUCGGGCGGUUUACUGCAUGGGUUCAAGGCUAUCUCGCAUCUGAAUCAUCUACUCCAUUACCAAUAUCGACGUCAGCUACUCAAAUUGCCUCUGCUCGAUUGUUUUGGAACAAGGGAAAUACAGCACCAAAAACUGCAGGUGAUGUUUACGAGUCCAUGCUAGGUGCUGUAUUUGUAGAUUCUCAAUUUGAUAUACACUGCGUGCAAAGCAUGUUUGACAUCACAGUGAUCUCACCUUGGUGGUGGCGAUUCACAUCGCUGUUUGGUGGAGAAUCAAUGAUAUACGAAAACCCAGUUGCUGAAUUGCGAACCUUGUCCUAUUCAUUGUUUAAAUGUGUCAAGAUAGAUUACACAUAUGAAUAUGGUCUACAUGGAGGUACUACCGCAACUAUCACGUAUCACAACAUGGUAUUGGCUCAAUGUCUCGGCACUGGGCAACGCGAUGCCAAAAAAGCAGCGGCAUGUACAGCCGUCGAGUAUGUCAAUACGCAUAAAGACGAGCUAAAAGACUUGUGCGAUUGUGCACAUCAGCAAAAACAGGAGUCCACAGAGACAAAAGUAUAUGCAGCCGAUAGCAUCAUUUGUUUUGAUUCAGACAAGGACAAGCCGACACGGUCUAAUAAGGAAUCGGCUCGGCUUUCUAUCGAGUAUGCAACAACUACUGAUCAACAAGAUCCGGCAAGUGAUUGGGGUGAGUCUGUUGAUCAAGCAACACAUGCACCACUUGAAUCUAUUGCAGUUUCACCCGAUACUUUGUAA